AUGGUUAGACUGCGAGAAACCCUGUAUCAGGUGAUAUUCAGGCGGAAAAAAGAGGAUGACAUAGAAGUCGACCAAUCGGACAAGAAGAAAUUGUCCAGGGUCCUCAAUCUGGUGGACUUGACAGCACUAGGUGUUGGGUCAACGUUGGGCGUGGGCGUAUAUGUGCUUCCAGGAAACGUUGCCAGARUAGAUGCCGGACCAGCCGUCGUGAUGUCAUUCGUUUUGGCUGCUUUGGCGUCGGUUGUCGCAGGCCUAUGUUACGCAGAAUUUGCAGCUAGGGUACCAAGAGCCGGGUCCGCCUACGUUUACAGUUAUGUCGGCGUGGGCGAAUUCGUUGCGUACGUGAUCGGAUGGAAUCUAAUACUCGAAUACGUCAUCGGUACUGCAAGCGUCGCCAAAGCUUUGAGUAAUUACAUCGACGCCCUGUUGGACUACCCCAUAAAAAGCACAAUGUCCUCUCUCUUUCCUAUGGACGUUAGUUUUUUAGCCGAAUACCCAGAUGUUUUGUCGCUUAGCCUCGUGCUACUAUUAUCGGUUAUACUGUCAUGGGGAGUCCGCGAAUCUACAAUGAUCAACAACGUAUUUACAGUAGUUAAUUUAUUGACUGUGGUCAUAGUUGUUGUGUCUGGAUUAUUUAAAAUAAAUUUGUAUAAUUGGAGUGUACCAAAACAAGACAUCCCGAGAAACGCGAAAGGCGGUGAAGGUGGUUUUAUGCCUUUCGGAUGGGCCGGAGUGACUACGGGGGCUGCCAAAUGUUUUUAUGGAUUCAUCGGUUUUGACUCCAUAGCUACUACGGGAGAAGAAGCGAAAAAACCAAAACGUGACAUCCCRUUGGCGAUUWUUUUGUCGUUGAUCAUCAUAACGUUUGCAUAUUGCUGUAUCAGUUCGGUUUUAACUCUGUUAUGGCCGUAUUACGAUCAGGAUAUUGACGCGCCAUUCCCGUACGUCUACGAUCAACUUGGAUGGACAACAUUGAACAUUAUUGUUUCAUUCGGUGCUAUAUUUGCCAUGUUUGCCAGUCUCUUAGCAAGCAUGUUCUCGAUGCCAAGGAUUCUAAUGACGAUGGCCGAAGACGGUCUCAUGUUCAGCAUGUUCUCGAUCAUUCAUCCGAAGCUUAAAACACCACUGUUUGCCACUCUGAUGUCUGGUGUUUUUGCGGGUAUUAUCACGGCACUUUUGAACCUUGAUCAACUGAUGAAUAUGAUGUCGAUCGGCACGUUGUUGGCGUACACGAUCGUGUGCAUUUGCGUUCUGAUGUUACGAUACAGAAACGAUUUUGAUGGCGGUGUGUUUGUGGAAAAUCUAGGCAACGACGAACCAGAGACUAGUGGUUUUGUCAAAAUGGUGGAAAAGUUCUGUAACCUGUCCAAAAUCGAUAACACCAACAAAGACACCGAGCGCGUGGCUACGACCAUCACUGUGUUGUACAUUUGCGUGUCUGCGCUAUUUAGCUUCGUAACCAUACAACAAGAGUGCGAUGUAAUCAUCUAUCCAUGGUGUGACGAAAGUGACAGCAAUGCCGCGACCUUCCAGUCAGGUUGCGUCAUAAACACUUAUAAUGCCACAACGCCUUUUGAACAACCAUGCGUCGCUAACAACAUCACAAAGUACACGAGCGUGAUUUUAGCCAUAGGACUAUUGCUUCUGUUGCUGUUACUGAGCAGACAGCCCCAAUCGAGAAAAAAACUCUCGUUCAAGGUCCCGCUGGUUCCACUCAUACCGUGUAUCAGUAUCUUGAUGAACGUUUACUUGAUGAUGAAACUCGACAUGAUCACGUGGAUCCGUUUCAGUAUUUGGUUGGUGAUCGGACUAUUCAUAUACGCAUUGUACGGCAUGAAUAACAGUGUUGAGGGRCUGAAGCAAAAAAGACAGCUGAAAAUAAAUUCACCGAGAUCUGCAGAGCCAAUACAUGAGUUAUAUACCAGUUAUCUAUAG